AUGUUAGGGGAGUAUAUUCUUGGAAAGACGAUUGGUGCGGGGAGUAUGGGAAAAGUCAAGUUGGCGACCCAUCAAGCGACGGGCGAGCAGGUCGCUAUUAAAAUCAUCCCUCGAGCAACGGAGACAAGACCGAGAACAAACUACUCCUCAUCCUCCGGCAUGCCCAAACCAGCACCAGCACCCGCUGACGACGCAAAAGAAGUCCGUACAGUCCGCGAGGCAGCAAUGAUGACCCUCAUCCGACAUCCCUUCAUCUGCGGCAUGAAAUCCGUUGAAGCAAUGUCGAAUCACUACUACAUGGUUAUGGAAUAUGUCAAUGGAGGACAAAUGUUGGAUUACAUCAUCAGUCAUGGAAAGCUGAAAGAGAAGCAGGCGAGGAAGUUUGCGAGGCAGAUUGGGAGUGCGCUGGAUUAUUUGCAUAAGAACUCUAUUGUGCAUCGAGAUUUGAAAAUCGAAAACAUCCUCAUUUCGAAGAACGGAAAUAUCAAGCUCAUCGAUUUUGGGCUGUCGAACCUCUACUCGCCAAAGUCACACUUGUCAACAUUCUGCGGUUCUCUGUAUUUCGCGGCGCCCGAGCUCCUGAAUGCCAAAGCAUACACUGGUCCGGAAGUCGAUGUUUGGAGUUUCGGUAUCGUGAUGUACGUCUUGGUAUGCGGCAAAGUCCCCUUUGACGACCAGAGCAUGCCAGCACUACACGCCAAGAUUAAGCGCGGUAUCGUUGAUUACCCCAAUUACUUGUCUCCAGAAUGCAAGCAUCUGCUUUCCCGUAUGCUGGUGGUGGAUCCAUUGAAGAGAGCAUCGCUUAGUGAGAUCGUCAGUCACCCAUGGAUGUUGAGGGGUUAUGACACACCUAUGGAGAAUUACCUGCCACCGCGGCAGCCGCUUACGACACAGCAGUUGGAUCCAGAGGUUAUUAAGGGAAUGCAUGGGUUUGAAUUUGGUGCGGAGGAUGAGAUUGAGCGGAAGUUGGUGGACGUGUUGGAGAGCGAGGAUUACAGGAAUGCGUUGAAGGCGUACUAUCAAGGUGCCAUUCCUUCACCAUCACUGGAGAAGAAGAAGUUCUCGUUCGGUGGGUUUCAGCGCAAGUCAUCAAACCCGUCGUUAUCCAGUCCAGCGGGUUCGCCAACGACGGCUGGGUUCCUGAACUUGUUGGAUCCGUCCAUGCCGGUCCUGGACCCCGUCAACGCGUUUCACCCUCUGAUCUCCAUUUACUUCCUCGUCCGCGAACGUCAGCAACGGGUUCAGGCACAUGAAGAAGACCGGGCAACAGGCAUUCUGCAGUCGCUUGCUGCUGAGAUGCCCAUACCACAGAUUCCUAUCCCUGCGGAGGCGCAUCCCAAUGACAUGUCCUACGAGAUUGCAUCCCCUGUCAAGGCUGCAAUUGGCAGGUCAGGAAGUACGAGUACUCCGCGUGCUCGAAGCCGUACCCAUGGUGAAGAGGAAGUGGUCAAUGCUAUGCGCAACGUCACAUUGCAACCACCACCUGCACCGAAUUUCAGGCCGCCGCCAACAACUACGAACCAGACUUUACUACCACCCAAGGAGAAGAGUGGUGGCUUUGGAAGUGGAUUGUUGAGGAGAUUGAGUACGAAGCGUGGAGAUAAGAGUAAGAGCACGCCGCCCAGUCCUAUGGUUGGUGUUGGUUAUGACCAUCAGGCUCCUCUACCUCCCUUGCCAGUCGAGAAUAUCGCACCGCCGAGGAAGAGCUUGUCUGGAAGGAGGUCGCGAGACUCGGAUGCAGCGCGUGCUGUGACCGAAGACGGAUUACUUUCGGUUCCUCAGGCAGGCGCUACUGGGGUACACCGAUCCACCUCGAUGUCUGGUAAUGGAAAGGCUGCACCGCCUGCGCCUCUGUCGGCUCGCGGAUUGGAGUUCCGUAGUCCACCGAGCCCCUACAGGGAGGCAAGUUUGUCUGCGGUUCCUGAGAAUAUGACUGCGAACGGACAGGGAGGACUUCGCACCGUCGGUGCAAGUCGUGCGAAGUCUAUGGGGCAUGCGCAGCGACCCAGUCCUGGUACUUCGCGGUUGUCGCCGAAUACCCCUGGAGAUGGUGGGUUGUCGAGGUCGCCGAGCAACGGUGACAAUUUCAAGCCGGUGUUCUUGAAGGGAUUGUUCUCGGUCAACACGACGAGUACGAAAUCCCCUCAAGUCAUCCGCGCCGAUCUCAUUCGCGUGCUUGACCGCUUUGAUGUCAAGUACCGCGAGAUUAAAGGUGGAUUCAACUGCUAUCAUAGUCCUUCAAUCGACCUGUCCAGUGUACAGGAUACGAACGGAGGCAGGUCUCGACGACGCCUCUCCAAUGGCCAUAACCGUGGCGGAAGUUCAAUGAUGUUCGGUUCUGGAAGUGAUGAUGAAGAGGCCAGAGGUCCCGGCGGUGAGCUCGUCUUGCAUUUCGAGGUUUAUGUCGUUAAGGUGCCGUUGUUGGGGUUGUACGGCGUGCAGUUCAAGAAGGUUGCUGGUGAUUUCCUGCAUUACAAGAGCAUGGCUGCGAAGAUCCUGGGAGAGCUAAAGCUCUAA